GAGUCCACCAGGAACAUCGAUCGUGAGAAGCCCUCAACUUCUCAAGAUGCUCGUGUGACUUCCCCCUAUCGACACGAAUUCCCUUUGAUUUCUUCGACAUUACUUACUGGGCCUGUCACCUGGCAAAGCCAAUCCGUCAUCGGUCAUUGCUUUCCCUCACCGUAGUCGUUCAUUCCAUGCCUCACGUGUCCUGCCAUCGCCCACUCGGUGUGCUCGUCGACAAUGAAAGGAGAUCCCGCCGUGGACGAUGAACUCGAUGCCUUCAGCCUGGUGCUCCCCCUUCCCUUUCGCGUGGCCUUGAUCAUUGUCCUGGGAGUAUGGGCCUGGGGCGCCAACCUUCACUAUCUCACCCUUAUUAAAAUUGAUGUUCCUGCACUCAUUCGCUAUCCAUCCCGAUCCUCCUCCCGUCAUCCGCCCCACCACCUCUCCACGUACCGCCUCGCCUCCGUCCUCUCCGUUCCCCUUGCCUCCGCCCUCGUCUUAUUCUGGCUGUUCACCCAUGGCAACGCCAAGGAGGUGGCGCGCUGGGAGCUCCUCCCGAACCUCUACCUCCUAGUGAUGGUGGUCAUCUUCUUCCUCCCCCUCCACAUGUUCUCCCGCUCCGGCCGCUCCCGAUUCUUGACUACCCUCCGCCGCAUCAGCAUCGGCGGCCUCGCUGAGGCGCACGACGGGAAGUUCGGCGACAUCCUCAUGGCCGAUGCGCUGACCUCGUACGCGAAGGUGCUGGGCGACCUGUUCAUCUCGCUCUGCAUGUUCUUCUCGAGCGGUCGCUCGUCCACGGGGAAGCCGGAUCGGCUGUGCGGGGGCCAGUUUUUCGUGCCGUUGAUCAUUAGCAUCCCGAGCAUGAUCCGGCUGCGACAGUGUCUGAUCGAGUACGGGCGCGUACGGAAGGCGUCGAGGGAAGCGCCGAGGGGCCUGGGAGGGAUAAAUCAGGGGUGGGGCGGACAGCAUUUGGCCAACGCGCUGAAGUAUUCGUCGGCGUUUCCGGUCAUCAUUCUGAGCGCAUUGCAGCGAGGGUACGACCCGGAGAAGAUGGGCAUGUCGGAAAAAGGGCUCUUUCGCUUGUGGCUUUUCUUCGUAUGCGUGAAUUCGUUCUAUUCGUUCUAUUGGGACGUUGCCAAGGACUGGGACCUCAGCCUCUUCUCAUCCGAUCGCGAUAACCCCGAGCACCCCUGGGGGUUGCGACGCCAUCGAUACUUUCACAACGAUAAUAUGUAUUAUACUGUCAUCGUGCUGGACCUGGUGCUGCGCUGUACGUGGAGCUUGAAGCUCUCGUCACAUUUGGAUCAUUGGAACGACGUGGAAGGGGGCAUUUUCGCCAUGGAGGCGCUGGAGGUGUUUCGGCGUUGGGUUUGGAUCUUCUUUCGGGUGGAAACCGAGUGGGGUGAGUCGGAUGGUUUCAAGAUGGGUUGAGUCGUGCUGACAUUGACUUGUAGUGCGCAAUAAUCGCGGACCCGCCCUUGAUGAUGUCCUGCUGGGGGAUAUGACCAGCAAGUUGGAUGAGGACUAGGGACUCGCGCCAUCGGACCAAGCGGAGUCUUAAACCAUGUAUCAAUAGAAAUCCUAGAGGACAAUGAAUAUGUACCUGGCAUUGUCACGUUAUGAAUGAUGCCCCGUUCCCGCUAUACAAGAAUUG